UGUCGAUAAGACAAAGCGGAAGGAUUCGGGUUGUAGAGGUGGUUUCAAACAGGGCUGUAAGAAGGGGAGGCAGACGUCCCUACAACACCAACGAAGAAUACACUUGGCAGCACCGCGAUUCACAAACUCGAUUGACUCACCACCAAGUUUGUUUUGUAAUCCAAUGAGAAGAAGCUCAGACUGAUGCUCUCUUGUUAUUCAUCUUCAAUCCCCAGCUUCUUCUCCAAGACAUUAAUCAAGCUCAAUCCUCACACGCCCCUCCUGUGCACAAUGAGCCUCCGCUUUCAUGCCUUUGCUGGAAACCCUAUACGAUCAAGAACCCCAAGACCAAGUGAACCCGUCUCUCCACAAUCUGCACUCCAAACUCUUAGAACCCUGCUUUUGAGCAAACCCCAUGAACCUAGUUCUCCUAAUUUUAAGGUUUUGCUUUUCAGAAAGGGCAGACCUUUGGCUGGUUCCGAGACGGACGGGCACAGGUGGCAUUUGGGGUGGCUCAGUUUAGGCGAGUGUAGGGCAUUCUUGGAGAAUUCAGAAGUGGGUCUGAGCGAGGAUUCGUUGGCCUAUUUGGGGUGUACAUAUGAGGAUGAUGCUGUGUACUGGGCUAUGGAUGUGUCCGAGGCUAGCGUGUUGGUGAAUGAAUUGGGCGCUAGACACUUUUGCUUUGUGGAAUUGAGGACUCUUAUGGUGGCCACUGAUUGGGCUGAUUCCAAGGCCAUGGGUGAACUUGCUAUAGCGGGGCAUGCUAGAGCUUUGCUAGAAUGGCAUAAUACAGCCCGUUAUUGUGGAUACUGCGGAGGUAAGACAGUCCCCAUGGAAGCUGGGAGACGGAAACAGUGUUCAAAUGAGUUAUGCAAAAAGAGGAUCUACCCUCGUGUUGAUCCAGUUGUUAUUAUGUUAGUCAUAGAUAAAGAGAAUGACCGUGCAUUAUUAAGUAGGCAAUCAAGAUUUGUGCCGCGCAUGUGGAGUUGCCUUGCUGGCUUUAUAGAGCCAGGAGAAAGUUUAGAAGAGGCUGUAAGGAGAGAAACAUGGGAGGAGACUGGUAUUGAAGUUGGUGAAGUUGUCUAUCACAGUUCUCAGCCGUGGCCUGUUGGACCCAGCAGCAUGCCAUGCCAGCUAAUGGUUGGGUUCUUUGCAUAUGCUAAAUCACUUGAGAUAAAUGUGGAUAAGGAAGAACUAGAAGAUGCUAAAUGGCAUAGCAGAGAAGAGGUAAAGAAAGCUCUAACAUUUGCUGAAUAUGAGAAAGCACAGAAAACGGCUGCGGCUAAGGUGGAGCAAAUGUGCAAAGGGGUGGAGAAAGGGCAAAACUUGUCUUCAGAUUUCAAUGUCGAAAGUGGAGAACUUGCUCCUAUGUUUGUACCUGGACCUUUUGCAAUUGCUCAUCAUCUCAUCUCUUCUUGGGCCAAUCAGGUUGUGCUGAAUGGUGUUCAAACACAGAAACAAGCUGCUGGUUCGCUAUCAAGUUUAUAGUUCCCAAAAGAAGCUAGAUGCAGAAGAGAGAGAGGUUCAACUUUGUUACGAUCACUUGCGAAUUGCUAAUCUGGGUAUUCUUUUCAUCACCUAAUUAAAUAUUAUAUGUAUAGCAUGGAUUUACUCCAUAUCUCUGAAAAACUUGGUUAGCUUUUGAAGAUAUUUGAGUCUGAAGAGGCACGAUAUUUCAUCUGAAAAUCCAGCUUCAAAAAGUCUUCAUAGACAUUGGAUCUUGGUUGCCUAAAUUUUUUGUUUUGUUAAUGCCAGUUGGAGUAUGCUGAUGCAUAUCUGGUAUUUAUACUACAAUGUAUAACAGCCUACAAGAGUUGAUAUCAUUUGCUAAGUUCCAUCUUGCUACAUUGGGAGACAUGUUAAAAUAAUUUGAAGUUGUGCAUUAUACGA